CCCGCUUCUCCCGCAACCGCGUCGGCGAUGGCAUCCGCGGCGGCGGCGACCGGCGACGGCGAGAAGGCGCACGCGCACCUAGGGCAGCCUCUCCUCGUGCCGCCGCAGCCCCCUCAACAACCCUACUACGCCUACCCGGCCGCCUCCUACGUGCAGCCCGCCCCACCGCCGCCGCCGGCCCCGACGCUCGUCUUCGUGCCGUCCCCCUGCUCCCCGAUGCUCGUGCGCCUCCGCCGCCUGCGCCCGCGCCGCGCGUCCUGCCUCCGCCGAUUCUGCGCGCGCGCGCUCCCGCUCCUCCUCUUCCUCGCGCUCCUCGCGGGGCUCGCCUUCCUCCUCUACCCGUCCGCCCCGGCCGCCCGCGUCGCCGACCUCCGUGUCGACAGCUUCCGCGCGCAGCCGCCCGUCCUCGGCCUCGGCCUCGCGCUGCGGCUCCGCGUCAGCAACCCCGGCUUCGUCCUCCCGCUCCGCUACCGCGCGGUCUCCGCCGCCGUCUCCUACCGCGGACACCUGCUCGGGGCCGCCAAAGCGUGGCCCGGGUCCGGCGAGCUUGCGGCCAGGAAUGAGGUCUAUGCGGAUGCUGAGGUGUGGGUGGACGCCGGGAAGGUGCUGGAUGACGUGAUCGAGCUCAUCGGGGACGUGGCCGCGGGGUCAGUGCCGCUUGAGAUCGUAUCUGAGGUAGUCGGCUCGAUCAAGGUGUUCCGUUUCCACAUUCCUGUGAAGGGGCUCAUAUCGUGCUCGGUAAGUAUCAGCCCAGUGACUCAGGGAAUCAUAAGCCAGGAUUGCUACUAAGCGCGAGUGUGGGAGGCUCCCGAUUCCCGAGGAUAUUUUAAACCUGCAGAGCCUGCUCGAUGGAACUGAAGUACUUACUAUCUGUAUAUAAUCUGGAUAUGGUGUUGUGUUUUGUGUAGGCUGGAAUAAUGUAGUAAUGAGUAACGGAUAGCAUGCUGUUGGACCACAGGGGUAUAUGUUAUCUUGCAGUACGUAUCAGAACUGCCUAUGUCUAUUUUGUAGCUGGUGGGAUGCCACCUUAGUAUAGUUCCGUUCUCGAAUAUUUGUCGUCUGCGAGUUUAUUUUUAAACUAAACCGUGACAAAUAAAAAAGAACGGAGUAGUAAGUUAAUCAUGGUGUAUGAUUUUACU